AUGUUCAUUACUGUGAGAUACAGAGCCAACUGCCAGGAGACAGUGAACCUGCAGUGCCACAUCCUGAUCCUCACGGCUCACCUGAAGGGGAAGUGUCAGUGCACACCUGAAGUACAAGUGCUCCUGAGCAGCGACUGCAUCAAUCUUCCGGAUGAAAUGGGGGCCCUAAUGAACCUGAGCAAAGUGGAAAACCCUGCAUCUGAAUUCACCAGUAAAUACCUAUGGGAAAGGGAGCACUACAUCCUCAUCAGAGUCAUCUGAGGAGAAAGCUCUGAGGCCACCUGCUAUGAAUCCUUGCUAGAGAACCUGGGGAAGCACUACGCUGACCUAGCAGGAGAGCACAAGGCACUCCAGAUAAGGCCAGGCACAGCUCGGGACAUUAUCUACCACCAAGAAUUUAAGGUUUGA